CAAGACUUGAGCAAUACCUGCAACCAAGAUCAUUGAGAAGGCAUUAUACUAUUAUGCUUGGUUGCCGAACAUUGAUUCGUACUAUCGCCACUACGAGAUCAUCAAUCCAUCAAAAUUUUUCAAGGGACUUUGGUUUGAACGCGAGGAUGGAGACGGGAAACGUCAAACCGAAAGUCGCACCUUUUACAAGGGCAGUUGUUGCUGCGAUGAGGAAAGUGUAAGUUUUGAUACCGUCCACUCACCUCCUGAAGACUUCAAAUCAAUUUCCGUGCUAAUGUUUUCGAAAGAUAUCCAGAGGCCCUAGCAGAUAAAAGCUUCGACAAUACGGGAUGUAGGUACUUUCCCAUAUCUCACGGAUUGGACUGUGUGACGUUGAGACGUUGAGACAUGACUGACAAUCUCAAAUAGUAUUACUGGAAGCGCCUUUCAGAGAACAUGGUCAUCUGAAGAAUUCCGCGCUGGUGACGGUGGAUUUGACGACUGCUGUUGCAGAUGAGGCUAUUAGAAGGAGAGAUUCGAUUAUUAUUGCUUACCGUAUGUUGUAUUGAGUUUCUUUUCUCUGUUUCAAGUCAGUUGCUCCGAAUCCGCUUGGUGAAAGGAAUUGAUUGACCUUGGUAUCUCUAUUUCUGGAGCGUUCUCUCCUUUUUGCCAGGAUCUGCUCUGCUCCUUGAUGGACUUUCAGCUUUUCUCUACAACCCAUAGCCAGGUUGAUACCGUCCUAUCCAUUAAUCUAUCAUUCAUCUUCUCUGACACUCUUUCGCUUCUAUCAUAUCACAAGUCUUUAAUACAACCCUCUCAUCCCAGGGCCCAUUACAUAGCCACACAUGAAAACAUUUCCCAGAUUAACGAGCUUUUCACAGACCCAAUAAUCUUCCGCGGUCUCAAAUCCCUCACCCAGGCCGAGACCCAAACCACAACUCUCCUCCGCCUAGCCCAAGAAGGAAUCAGCGUCUACUGCCCCCACACAGCCGUCGAUGCCGCACCAGGAGGUCUAAACGACUGGCUAGCAGACAUCUUCCUAUCCUUGGGACCCAGCACGUUCGUAUCCCUCCCUCCUUACUACAUCCCUCGCUAACAAAAUAUAGACGUACAAACAUCACGCCUCUCAAAACCUCAAUUCCAGCAGGUUUCGAGACAGCGGGCUACGGACGGAUCGUUCGUUUCUCUACUCCUCAGACUCUGGGCUCGAUUGUAAGAAAGAUUACAGAACAUACGGAAUUGAAGGGUGUUUCUGUAGCCACGCCGCAGCGCGUUAUUGAUAAGCCAGCUAUCGAGAUUGAGUCCAUAGGCAUUUGUGCUGGUUCGGGAGGUUCUAUGUUGAAUGGAUUGGAUGUGGAUUUGUUGUUUACUGGAGAGUUAAGUCAUCAUGAAGCUUUGGCUGCGAUCGAGAAGGGGAAGUGUGUGAUUACUACCUUCCAUAGUAAUAGUGAGAGGGGCUUCUUUAGGAAGAGUAUAGUUUCUAGGUUAAGUGGAGUGGUGGAUGAGGAAGUUGGGGUAUUAAGGAAGAACGGGGAGAUUGGAGAGAAAGAGGCGUGGAAGAUUGAUGUUAGUGAGGUUGAUUGUGAUCCUUUCUCGCUUGUUAUAAAUGGAGAUGUGGGUUGGUAAAGGCUUGUUCCUUACACCAAAAGCAAUUGUGAUUGGCGUUUCUAGAGCUAUAGAAGGUCUGAAUGGUAGUUAGUCCAUAGAGAAAGCUUCUC